GAUAAAUCUUUUGCUGCUUUAUCAGAGAUGGUGUCAGAAGAGACCUUGAAGGGGGUCAGUGAAAUGGGUUUUACACACAUGACAGAUAUACAGGCAAAAUCUAUACCACAAUUAUUAGAGGGCAGAGAUUUGAUGGGUGCAGCAAGGACAGGUAGUGGGAAAACAUUAGCUUUCUUAAUACCAGCUGUGGAACUUUUACACAAGUUAAAAUUCAUGCCACGUAACGGCACUGGAUGUAUUAUUAUAUCUCCAACAAGAGAAUUGAGUAUGCAAACUUUUGGUGUUUUAAAAGAACUCUUAAAGUAUCACUAUCAAACAUAUGGAUUAGUAAUAGGUGGUGCUAAUAGAAAGGAAGAAGCUAAAAAGUUAGGAAAGGGUAUCAAUAUAUUAGUUGCUACUCCAGGUCGUUUACUAGAUCAUUUACAGAAUACUGGAGAUUUUAUGUAUAAGAAUUUACAAUGUUUGAUAAUAGACGAAGCUGAUAGGAUAUUAGAUAUGGGAUUUGAAGAAGAAAUGAGAUCAAUUAUAAAAUUACUACCCAAACGUCGACAAACAAUGUUGUUUUCUGCAACACCUACUCGUAGAACUGAAGAUUUAGCAAGAAUAUCAUUAAAGAAAGAACCACUAUAUGUAGGUGUUGAUGAUACUAGAGAAAUAGCUACUGUUGAUGGUUUACAGCAGGGCUAUGUUAUUUGUCCAUCAGAUAAAAGAUUUUUGUUGUUAUUCACAUUUUUGAAAAAGAAUAGAAAGAAGAAGAUUAUGGUUUUCUUUAGUUCUUGUAUGUCCGUCAAAUUCCAUUAUGAACUAUUGAAUUAUAUUGAUUUACCUGUUUUAAGUAUACACGGUAAACAAGCUCAAGAUAAGAGAACAAACACAUUUUUCAAAUUUUGUAACACAAAAGAAUGUAUCUUGUUAUGUACUGAUGUGGCUGCUAGAGGACUUGAUAUUCCUGAAGUAGAUUGGAUCAUUCAGUUUGACCCUCCUGAUGAUCCUAAGGAAUAUAUUCAUCGUGUGGGUAGAACAGCUAGAGGUGAUGGAGGUAUUGGACAUGCUCUAUUGAUACUCAGACCAGAAGAACUUGGAUUCUUACGCUAUCUCAAACAAUCAAAAGUUCAACUGAAUGAAUUUGAAUUUUCUUGGAGUAAAAUAGCCAAUAUUCAACCUCAAUUGGAGAAACUGAUUAGUCAGAAUUAUUUUUUGAAUAAAUCGGCUAAAGAAGGUUAUAAAGGAUUUGUUGGUUCUUAUGCUGCUCAUGCACAUCGAGAUAUAUUUGAUGUUCAGUCUUUAGAUCUACAGAAAGUAGCAUUGUCCUAUGGUUUUUCUGUUCCUCCUUUUGUAGAUCUUAGUAUCCUUUUAUAUAAAUACACUCACCUUAUUCAUCAGGCCAUGUAUUCUCGAAACGAUCUUAGCUAUAGGAUGUCCUAG